GCAAACAAGUAUCACAGCCUCACCUAGGAGCCUCAUGAGGACAUCAGAGGCAGUGCACUCAUAACUGUUACCUGAGGACAAAACUACAAACACAAGGUCUUCCUUCCAAGGAACAAUUACUAUAUUCUCUCUCUUGCACGAAAGACAAGAUCUACAGUCUACUAUAGGCAUGGACAACAGACUAGUCUUCACUGUCCUGGUUGUGAUGAUGUCCUUGAACUUUAUGGGCGCCUACACUCAAAGCUCCACAACCACAACUGCGGCAGCAACAACUGCGGCAGCCACCACAACUGCAGCAGCCACAACGACACCCCCACCUCCACUUGCAAUGGCACCUGCACUUGUAAUGGCACCUUUACUUGUAAUGGCACCUGCACCUGCCACCACAACGACACCAACCCCCACAACUGCAGCAGCCACCACAACUGGAAUACCAAAUGUGACAAUGAUGGCAUCUCCAAACAUGACAAUGACAACACCAAACAUGACAAUGAUGACAUCUCCAAACAUGACAAUGACCACUCUAAACAUGACAGCAGCUCCAGCAACAACCAACGCAGCAACAACUGGGACCACUGCGUCCCUAUGUCCAAUUCCUCAAACAUCUGUUAAUAGGUCACAAUGUGCAACACAAAAGCUCUGUGCAGCGGAGCCCUCCGGUUGUGACCCCUCUACAGACACGUCAUGCUUCUUUACAUCCGCCCAGCAGAACAGUGGCCAAAAAUUUACGUUUGAGCUCACAGGAGUAUCUACUGGCUUCAUUGCUGUGAUCCUGUUACGUGAUCCUACACCGGAAAGCAUCAACACAGCCUAUGUCUGCAUUAACAAAAAUGGCAUGGUUGACGUCCACAUCGCCAUAUUUGUCAACAACAACACGCUCAUUUUGACAAAAUUGGCCGUGACCUGUGUGAGUGGCAGAAUCAACGGAGACAGAAUUGAGUGCACCUUUUGUGUCACAAUACCAGAUUUGACUGCUCGAACAACAAGUUUCGCACUUUCAGUCGUCAAUGGAACUUUCAGCUCCACUUCUGUUGGUCUGGAAAUUGCCAACGAAGUACUAAGAAGCCCUCUUUUGAAUCUGGCACAACCAAAUGUUACUGUCAUCAAUGUGCUUAAUAACUCCACCACUAAUCACGCAAUCACAAUCCAGCAAUCAGUAAUGCAAGCUCUACUGAUCACUGUGGCUACCCUGGGUCUAAGUAUGAUAUGAGGACAAUAAAACCUUCAACCAUCAAAAGAACUUCCCCAUCCAUGCAUCUGUGCUAUUGAAUGUAAACCUUUAAAGGUCUUUCUGGAGUUUAACUUUACAUAGUGUAACCCUGAUUGAUAGGAUUAUUUUUGUAAUAACUCACCACAGGUUAAAGCAAGAGGACUGGUAAAACUGGUAACUCUUACAACUUUUUGAGACUUUAGCAACUCUGAUUUAAAAAAAAAAAACUGUUAAGAGUUUUAUGAGUUAUGUAACUAUAUUUAACCACAAGACUGCUGGGUUUUUGCCCUAUGCCUCAGAUGUAAUGUAUUCAUUAAAAUGUCUAAAGCAGGGCACAAAUAAAAAGUAGAAUUAUAAUAGAAGCAUUAAGACUAAUCAAAAGAAAAAUUUAGAUCAUGUCAACGAAUCAUGGCUGUCAUCAGCAAAUGUCUUGGGUUCUAUAAAUUUUAGGUUUAGGGUCCAUUUACCUCUUAAACCCACAUUAUUACUGUCAAAAACACUACAGCCAUGGAACUGUUAAACUGUCAUGGAAGGAAAAUAUUUUCCGACACAAUAAUGUCCAAAGUUAUAAUAAAUAACAUACUGAACCAAUGACAAACUUUUGUUGACAAAAAAAAUUCUUUUGCAUAUGCACAGAACAGACAGGUUUGUUCAUAUCACUAUUUACAUUUACGCAUAAUAGUUUUGUGGUACACUAAAAGCAAGCAAAGACUGUGUUUUUUACUGCUCUGUUAUUACUCACAAUGAUGCUAGCUAAUGGCAGAUGUGUUUUUACAUCAUGUUCUUGUUACUGUUAAUGUACACAGACAGUUGAUUCUUCAACAAUGCUUUCACAAUGAAGCCUCACUGGCUGACACCGAACAUUGAAGAAAUUAAUUUUGCAUACUGACUUAUGUAACAAUGAAGUUUAUAUUGUAUGUUUACGAUUUUAGCCCUGUUAAUAAAGUGAUAUUGUUGGCAGACAGAAAAUGCCA